GGACACAGAAAUGGGACCAUUGUCCAGAGCUUAAAAUUUGAGCUUUUUCGUGGAAGACAGGAUCCGAGCCUAACGCUUCUCACUCUUUCUCUCACUUUCUCCCUUCACUCUUUCUUUCUUUCUUUUCUAUCUCAACUAUACCCUAAGGUUUCAUGGAAAUGGAAGAUCAUCAUCAUCACCAUCAUAACCAUAACCAUAACCAUCACCAUCAACAACAACAACAGCAACAGCUGCAGCAGUAUGGCAUGACCGAUCUCAGGCAACUCGUGAACGAACCAAGGUCAUCGACGGCGACCCAUUUCCCCCCCGUACAAGCACAACCUACGGCUGAGGUUUUUUCCGGUCAUCGGAAUCUGACGACGUUGGCCACUUCCCACCAUCAACACCAACACUACGAGAUGAUGAUGAUGUUUGGUCGUGACAUAAUGCCACGUGGCCUUCACGACUUUGCCUCCACCGAUUCUGCUGCUGCUGCUAACAUCACUAGUGCUUCAACUCCAUCCCUUAGUGGCUUAGAGGCUGAGACCGCAGGCUGCAUCGGUGGAGACGCAUCCACCGGAAGAUGGCCCAGACAAGAGACUCUUACUCUUCUUGAAAUCAGAUCUAAGCUUGACCCUAAAUUCAAAGAGGCUAAUCAAAAGGGACCCUUAUGGGAUGAAGUUUCUAGGAUCAUGUCUGAAGAGCAUGGAUAUCAAAGGAGUGGGAAAAAGUGCAGAGAGAAGUUUGAGAACCUGUACAAAUAUUACAAGAAGACAAAAGAAGGUAAAGCUGGAAGACAUGAUGGGAAGCAUUAUAGAUUCUUUCGUCAACUUGAAGCCUUAUAUGGAGAAAACAGUAAUCAAACCUCAGUUCCAGAAACCAAUAAUCUUGUUACCAACCUUCAUUUCCAAACAAAUCAAGAGAAGUUUCAGUCUCAAAAGCAUUGUGAUAGCCUAAGCCUCACUAACUCCACUGAGUUUGGAACAUCUUCAUCUGAUGAUGACAAUGACCAAAGCAUUCAUGAGGGGCUCAUGGAGAAUCAUGAUGACUCCAUGGAGAAGAGGAAAAAGAAAAAGAAUGGGAAGAGUUGGAAGGUAAAGAUAAAAAAUUUCAUUGACUCUCAAAUGAGGAAGCUGGUGGAGAAGCAAGAGGAAUGGUUGGAUAAACUUGUGAAGACACUUGAAGAGAAGGAAAAGGAGAGGAUGUUAAGAGAAGAAGAGUGGAGGAAACAAGAGGCAACAAGGUUAGAGAGGGAGCACAAGUUUUGGGCUAAAGAAAGAGCAUGGAUUGAAGCCAGAGAUGCUGCUUUAAUGGAGGCUUUGCAAAAUUUAACAGGAAGAGAAUUAAAAGCUGAAGAAGCUCCUGAGAGUGUAAUGAUAGCUGAAAUUCGAAACCAAAGCGAAAACCAGAAUGAAGAUGGAAGUGAAAUCUUGAAUAGCACUAUCAGAGGUAGUGAUAUUAGCUGGUCAGAAUCUGAGAUUACAAGGCUUCAACAGUUGAAAGCUGAGAUGGAGACAAGGUUUCCACAAAGUGAAUGUUCAGAAGAAAUUGCAUGGGAGGAAGUAGCAAACAAAAUGGCUUGCUUUGGUUACAAAAGAACUGCUUUAAUGUACAAAGAGAAAUGGGAAAGUAUUAGCAACUAUCAAAGGGAUGCAAAGGAAGGUAACAAGAAGAGAAAGGAAAAUUCAAGAAAUUGUUUUUACUUCAAGAACAAUGAUAUUCAAUCUUCUCUAUACAAUCAAGGAAGUAGCUAUGGUGAUAUCAAUGAUCGGCUACUAACACAUGAUGGUUCUUCACCUUCAAAUUCCAAUGUUGGAAAUGUUGCUGCUGUGGCUGAAAGUUGCUUCCCCUUCUUGAUGAGUACUGAGGAAGGGAAUUUGUGGGAGAACUAUGGCUUAAAGCUCAAUAAAGCAAACCAAAACCAUUGAGUGAAAGAUGGUUGAUAUUUAAGAAGCACACAGAAAUUUGACAGUCUUUUAUCUGAGAUGGUUUCACAUUAUGUAAGCAAAGAGCUAACUGAGGGUUUAUGUAUAGAGAUUGAUGAUGACUAGGUGGUCAAUUGUAAUAUUUUUAUGGGCAUUUUGGAGAAAAAAUAAUGGGUUUAAUUUACAUUAGUGAGGGGAAUGAUGUGGCAAAGUUCACUUGCUAACUUGUUGGAAUAUGACAUCAACUCAGGUGAGUUUCUUUUCUUUCUUUUAUGCAUGCAAAAUGGAAUUAAAAAUUGUAGUACUUCGUAUGUUCCACCUUCAGUGAUGUUUAUAUCAGUUGGUCACUGUUUUUCUCCCUCAUGCUUCUUUUUGUGUAAUUUUGGGUUAAGCAGCGCAGGUUUUUGGUGUUUGUGUACCGAAGGUUGUGUAAUUUAAGGUAGCAAUUUCUUUUCCUUUUUUAUUUGGUACAUAUUUUUAUAGUCAUGGAGAUUGAUGUGCUUCA